AUGGACCCAUUCCGCAACAACGCCGCAGCAGUAUCCAACGCAAAAGCCUCCACACUCCACAAUCAUCCCUCAUCCACACCAUUCAACACACUGCCUACACACUCCUCCGCAUACCAAUCAUACCAAGACGACAAUCCAGCACCCCCCGCCUACCACACCGUCGUAGACCCCACCUUACCCAUCCCCAACAUGACAAACCCGUACGACCCCCAAGAAGAAGACUGCGACGCUCAAGAAACGCCAGACGACACACCCGAAAUCACAAUCAACGCCGCAACACAGAUUCGAGGCCACGGAAACAUCGUAUCCAUUGCUCAGAUGGAUAGCGUGAGGAUCGCGAAUCUCAUUGCUACUGUACUUAGUGGUGAGACUAUUGAGACGGGGAAGAUGGGGGAGGAGGAGGAUGCGGCUGGCAGGCCGAUUACACCAGAGAGUCCGACGACGCAGGCGACGGCACGGGGGGAGUAUGGCGCAGAGGAAUCAGGCGGCGUUGCUGGCUCAGCAACGGAUGCAGCAACAGAAUGCUGCUGCGGCGGCGGCGGCGGCGACGAUGGGAGGACAAUCACAGAGGAUGUCGUCGCCACCGUUACAACAAAGAAAUAUCUCGCCGAACGGAGUUUUGUUCCCGAUGAAGCCUGCGACGCCGCCGAUGAGUCGUAG